AUGGAUGGAUGGAUGGAUGAUAAACAAACUGACCUAAUUCUUUUUUCUUUUAGGGCUGAUGGUACCUGCCGGAGACUAAAUGAACUUGCUAACAAAACUGAUACUCCUGGACGCUUCACCUUCUACAGCCAGAAGUGGAACAAUGACAAUGACAUGCGCAUUGUAGAAGUCCUAUAUGAUGAAUAUGCUCUGGUCUACACCAACAAGACGAAAGAUGGAGUGUCUGAGGUCCUCAACAACCUUUAUAGUCGCACUCAAGAACCCAGUGUUGCAUGGCAGCAGAGGUUCACACAGUUCUCCCUGGACACUGGCAUCCUCCCCGAAAACAUUGUGAUCCUGCCUAAAAAUGCGGAGUGUCCCGAGGACUGAGAUGUACCCGGCCAACCUCCAACUCAUGAUGACUUUCACCUCAGAAGAUUUUUCUUUUUACCUCUCACGGUGACGCCUGCCGCAUCACUGAGCUACAGUUUUGUCAAUCAGUGUCAUCUCUGCUGCAAUCCUGAUCCUAAUUCAGACUUCACUCUCUCCAACUCACAUGUUAACUUCAGCAUCAGAGUGGAACAAUAAAGAUCUGAUAGUGAGCCGAGGGGAAUGAAUAUAUACAGUACGACUGUGAAAGCUAGUUAGAUCAGAGAGAGCAAACAGAGAGAGAAGCACAGACUGCUGACUGCAGCUGGCCAGAAAAAAAAACAAAAAAACUUUUGUUGGAUUGAACAAAAUUUAUGUUUUUUUUUUACUAUGUCUGAAAGAAGCUACUCCAUCUUAUCACAAGAGGGCAGGCUAUGACUGGUCUCAGAAAAACAUUGACCUUGAAAUGUUCAUUAUAAGCCAAUAACAGCAUCAUAAGACAAUGCAAAGUUGAAAAAGCAUAGCCUAAAAGCGCAAAUUAUAAUUGUUUUUAUUUACAACAUUUUGUUAAAAGAAACCUGGGUUAUGGUUGUGUCGGUCAUAGAUGACCUGCUGCCUUGACCUUUCCCUGACAAUUUUCACAUUUACUCCUGCAGAGUGUGCAUGUGUUAGCUUCAGCUUGUGCAAUUAAUCAGUUAUUUAACCUUUGCUGACAACAUGUUAUCCAAUUUCCUCUCAGUAAUAAAAACAUCAGCACAGCUUUUAUACAAUUAAACCUGACACUCUUUGUUUUACAGACUGUGUCUCCACAUGUUGAAGAAGCAGAACUGUGCAACAGACAGAUCCACUCUGACAGUGUUUGACAGUUCUCAUGCAAAUACCAGAAUAUGUUUUGUGAUUUUAAAAUGUGGAAAACAAGACAGUUGUCGAAAGACAGAGUGUUCAAACUAUAGAAGCUGUCAGCUUCAAAUGUUACCAAUUACACAUGAAUAAAAUAAAAUAAAAUAAAAA